AUACUUUUAAGGCAAUUCCUGCAAUUGCUGAAGAAGUUUUUUGACCACAGUUGUGGCUGAAGAAUCGCUUCCUGGCUUCAAAACCUUAAAGGAUGGGAACACUUUUGGUUUUGGUGGGUCUGCUCUGCCUCACUGGGGUCUCCAUGAGUCAUGACUUGAAUUUAGGCCUGUGUAGACGGGAGUUUCUGCAGGAUGUGGAUUUCCCCGGAUCAGACGUCGUACAGCUCUUCUCUCCUGAUGCUGAGCACUGUCAGCUGCUUUGCACCCAGCACGCCCGCUGCCACUUCUUUACCUUCCUUCGUGCGGACUGGAAAGGACGUGGCAGGCACUUCUUCUGCUACCUCAAGGCUGCUCCCUCUAGAAAGCCGCAGGUUCAGAAGAACCUGCAGGGUCACACCUCUGGCUUUUCUCUGAAACCCUGCAACCCAGACCCAAGCCCCUGUCUGUCUCGGGUGUAUCAUAACGUGGACUUCUACGGGGCAGACUACCGAACCUUGUUCACAGCAGACUACGAAGAGUGUCAGAGAGAAUGCACACGUGAUCCUGGUUGUCAGUUUUUCACUUUUCUCGAACAGGGUUUUCCACCUGUGAAGUACAGGUUCAAGUGCCACCUUAAAUUCAGCUGGACGUUGCCAAGGACACCUAGAGUGGUAUCAAAGCCUGAUAGAGUAUCUGGAUUCUCCCAUAAACUACAGAUCAGUCAAAACUUUAACAGAGUAUGUCAUGGAAAAAUUUUUCCAAACAUUGACAUCCCCUCGCACGACAUCCAAGUUCAAUCUUCAGCCUCUUAUCAACAUUGUCAGGCACUGUGCUCUUAUCAUCCAAAGUGCACCCACUUCUCCUACGUCAGUCAAAAUUUUAAAUGUUACUUGAAGAGUAAUUACCACGAGCUGAACAAAAGGUACAGAAAAGGAAUCACAUCUGGGCUACCAACACGCUUCUGUCACCUGGAUACCAGUUGGCUGUUUCAGCGUUAUGAAGGAGUCGAUUUCCCAUUUGAUGACAUUGGCAGAGCUCAUGCGGCUAGCGUUGAGGAGUGCCAGAGAAUCUGUGAUGAGGAGCCCAACUGCCAGCACUACACCUACGUCCCUUCCAGUCACUUCUGCUAUCUCAAGCGGGUCAUCACCAUACCCAAUCCUCCCAGGGUAAACAAGUUGGCCAAUGUGGUGUCUGGCUUCUCCCUGAGGAGCUGUCAGGAGAAAUGCUUGGAUUGAUUAAUCAAUUGCAUUAAACAGCCAGUGAAAUAAACACAUAAUCAGUGUAAUCCAUAUAACACUAUACACACUAUAAUCACUAUACUAUACUCACUAUACACUAUAACACUAUAAUCCAAUAAAUGAUUCAGCAGCAUGCAA